AUGGAUGGUUGUAGUACUUUUCGCCGAAAGAAGACCGGUGCUGACUCGCUGAUGAACGGCGGCGGUAGCAUGCUGGGUGGUGGUGAUGCACUGAGUCUCUUCGAUCACAACCAAUCUAUCUCUGGUGCUCCCACAAUUCUUUCUGCCUCAUCGUCUUCCUCCCUGGGUCUUUUGCCGAUCAAUUGUGAUGCUGCAUCUGUCUCUUUAACUGUGAAUAUUGCUUGUGGAAUUGCGGUCAAAGGGAAGAGAAGAAAAGACGCUAUCGAACUGAAAACUCAUAUGUGUUAUUUCAUUCGAUAUCCAUCCUUAUCCACCGAAUGGGAAUCAUGGUCAAACUAA